CCGCGUGACCGGACGGCUAAGAUGGAAGAAUCCCACCUAAUCUCGAGUCUUCUCAAGCCCUACAUAUAGCAAUGGCAUUAUGGUUUUCAGCUAGAUCUUGUGUUCUGUUAUCUUUGACCUUCAUCGUGUUCUGUUGUUACUAAGUCCAGCUCAGCCAGCGACAAUGACUAAACCACCAAAAGUGUUUACGGCAGAGGAAGUUGCCAAACAUCGAUCGCCAGAGAGCUGCUGGGUGGUCCUCUACGGCAAUGUCUACGACGUAACCGAAUUUCUGCCCUCCCAUCCAGCCGGCGACAAGAUCAUCCUCCAGCUCGCCGGCCGCGAUGCCACGACCGAGUACGACCCGAUUCACCCGCCGGGCACGCUUGAGGAGAACCUCAAGCCAGAGGCCAAGUUGGGCAUUAUCGACGCCCAAUCGCUAGCCAAGCUUCACCAGAAAGAGAGCGAAGCCCGCGCAAAGGCGACCGGCUCAGCCAUGGGCACCACCACGCACACCACCUCAGCCCAGCAAUCCGAAAAGUCUGCACCGCCGCCGCUCCACACCCUCCUCAACCUCGACGAGAUCGAAGCAGCAGCCAAGUCCCAGGUCUCCAAGAAGUGCUGGUCCUACUACUUCUCCGCCGCCGACGACCUCUACACCAAGGCCCACAACACCCGCGCCUUCCGGGACAUCCUCCUGCGCCCGCGCGUCUUCGUCGACUGCACGAAGGCCGACACCUCCACCACCCUCCUAGGCCACAAAGUCGGCACGCCGCUGUACGUCUCGCCCGCGGCGCUCGCCCGCCUUGCGCACCCGGACGGCGAAGCCGGCAUCGCCAAGGGCAUCUCCUCGUUCGGCGCCAUGCAGCUAGUCAGCAACAACGCGUCCAUGACGCCCGAGCAGAUCGUGGCCGAGGCCAAACCGGGGGCCGUCUUCGGCUGGCAGCUGUACGUGCAGACGACGCGAUCCAAGUCCGAAGCGAUGCUGGCGCGCAUCAACAAGCUGCGCGACCACUUCAAGUGCAUCGUCCUGACCCUCGACGCGCCGCAGCCGGGUAAGCGCGAGCACGACGAGAAGUCCAACCUCGAAGCCGCCGGCGAGUUUGUCGAAUCCGCCAGCAACGCCAAGACGGACGCCGAAAAGAAACCCGGCGGCGGCGGCGUGGGCCAGCAGCUGUUCUGGGGCACCGCGGCCGACUUGACGUGGGAGACGACGCUUCCGUGGCUGGCCAAGCAUACCGAUUUGCCGAUUGUGCUGAAGGGCAUCCAGACCCAUGAAGAUGCGUAUCUGGCGGCGCAGUAUGCGGGGAAACACCCGGGCACCGUGAAGGCGAUUAUCUUGUCGAAUCAUGGCGGAAGGGCGCUGGAUACGGCGCCGCCGGCGGUCCAUACCUUGCUGGAGAUCAGGAAGUACUGCCCGGAGGUGUUUGGGGCGGUCGAGGUGUGGAUUGAUGGCGGGGUCAAGAGGGGGACGGAUGUGGUGAAGGCGUUGUGUUUGGGAGCGAAGGCGGUGGGUGUGGGGAGGGCGGCGCUUUGGGGACUUGGGGCGGGUGGGUGGCAGGGUGUUGAGAGGACUUUUGAGAUCCUUCAGCAGGAGAUCAUUACUUGCAUGAAGCUCUUGGGAGCAAAGACGGUGGAUGAUCUUGGCCCACGACUCAUCAACACCAGAAUAGUCGAACGAGACAUCUAUGAUGGGGACGCCGGUCUUGACAAAAACGGGUUGUGGACAUCUCGUGCCAAGCUCUGAGCUGAGAGAGUAAGCGCUAAAAGUGAAGUAUCUAAAAGUAUCCGUCUCAAGGGAACAAAGGAAAGGGAGUUUGCGCGCGUGAUGGUGUAUACCUACCCCAGGUCUUGGCAACGAUGGGGCCGAUCCUGGGGAAGCGGGGGCGGAGCCUGGCACACCUUGUGAGUGGCAUCUGAUGGGCCCAGAGGGCUGAAAUAUUUCCAAAAUGUGAGGUGUUUGUAACCGAGCAUCCGAGGUCAAAAAAUAUAUAUGAUUCUUUUUGACACGUGGGUUGGUGGGGGCCAUUCCAAAAACCAAGUGCGGAGAGAGAGCCAU